AGGUAUGCAAAACUAGAGUAGAUAUAUAUAUCAAGAGCAAAGUGCUCAAAAUAAUUACUUUUUUUAUCAGAUAAGUGACCAAUGUAUUUGCAAUUAAACUUUUGUUUAUAGUGUAAGUUCUACAAAAUCCAACAAAAUCACACUUUCAAUUCAAACAAGGAAAGUAAGAUGAAAUGAAUAGACUUGUAAUGUUCGUGAAAGGACUUUUGGGUAAAUCGUUUUGCUGGGGGAUUAUGGUGGCCUCGUUUACGUGGAUAAUUACAAUUUUAUUGUACUUUCAUCUUACAAAAGAGACCUUUCGGGGUUUUGUGCCAAACAAUUACCCUAGGGCACAAGCAUUUGAAGGAUUUAGUUCCACAUACAUUCCAAUUGUCAACAAUCAGCAAAAGAACCACGAAGAAAGAUUUACUUCGGAUCAGAUUCCCACGAAGCAUUCCGUCAAUCCAUUAGUGUCCAAACAUGCAUUUAUACAAAGAUUAGGUAAUGUCAACAGAUAUGGAGUAAUAAAAAAUCUAGAUGACCAACAUAUUAGAGAUUUAGGUUACAAAAAUCAUGCAUUUAACGCAUUAGUCAGCAAUAAUAUUGGAUUAAGUCGUGACAUUCCAGAUACUCGGCAUAAAAUAUGCCAAAAGCAAAUUUAUGAUGAAGAACUUCCAAGCGCUACAAUAAUAAUGUGCUAUUACAAUGAACACAAAAUGACUUUAUUGCGUUCCAUUAAGUCCAUAUUGGAUAGAACGCCUAUAAAAUAUCUUAAAGAAAUUAUUCUAGUCGAUGACUUUAGUGAUGUCCCAGACCUAUUAACUGGACUCAUUGAAGAAAUACGUAAAUUUGAUCAUGAUCAUAAAGUCAGAUUAUUAAGAAAUACACAAAGAGAAGGUCUGAUACGAGCGCGUGUCAUUGGUGCUAGAAAUUCCACAGGCGAUAUUCUUGUUUUCCUAGACAGUCACAUUGAAGUGAAUAAAGAUUGGAUAGAACCUCUUUUGCACAUAGUUAAACAUGAAAACUCAACGCUUGCAGUUCCCGUAAUAGAUAUUAUCAAUGCCGAUACUUUUCAGUAUACAUCAAGUCCUCUAGUAAGAGGUGGAUUUAAUUGGGGAUUACAUUUUAAGUGGGAAAAUCUUCCAGAUGGCACUUUGAAGGACGAGAAUUCCUUUUCGGGACCAUUUAAGUCGCCCACAAUGGCUGGAGGACUCUUUGCUGUUGACAGGCUAUAUUUUCACCAUAUUGGCGAAUAUGAUAUGGGUAUGGAUAUCUGGGGUGGGGAAAACCUUGAAAUAUCAUUUCGAGUGUGGCAGUGUGGAGGCGCUAUUAAGAUAAUGCCAUGUUCUCGAGUGGGUCAUAUAUUUCGAAAGCGACGACCAUAUAGCUCCCCAGAAGGUGUCAAUACAAUGCUUAAAAAUUCACUCCGUCUAGCCUAUGUUUGGAUGGAUGAAUUUAAGGAUUACUACAUUAAGCAUGAAAAUAUCGCUCGAUUUUUUGAUUUCGGUGACAUUAAGGAACGCCUUGAACUGAGAGAGAAAUUAAAAUGCUCAAAUUUUACUUGGUACAUGCAUAAUGUUUAUCCAGAGCUAGAUUUACCCGGUGAACAUAAAAAAUCAAGUAAAAACUCAAAAUCAAUAUUUCAACCUUGGCAUUCCAGGAAACGAAAGUACACAAGUAGUUUUCUAAUGCGACUUUCGGGCACAAACUUAUGUGCUUCAGUGGUUGGACCUAAAGUAAAUGGUUUCUACAAAAAAGGAAGCAUGAUCACUUUACAGACUUGUAUGAAAGCAAAGAAUCAAAUAUGGUAUGAAACAGAAAAAUCAGAAAUUAUUUUGGAUAAGUUGUUGUGUUUGGAAGCAUCGUUAAGCUCAAAUUAUGCAUAUCCAGUACUUGGAAAAUGUCACGAGAUGCUAGGUGAUCAACAAUGGAGGCACACAAGCUCUGAAAGUAGUCCUGUAUACAAUAUGGCAACUGGAACUUGUAUAAAAGCAUCAGAAGUUAGUGAAGGAGCUACGCUUAAACUGGAUUUGUGCACGAAAAAUGUCCCAAAUGCUUGGGACAUAAUCUCAAUGGAAUAAGAAUUGUUAUUAAUUAUUAUAUAAUUAAUAUACAUAAUUAUUUUUAGUAAGUUAAAAUUCUCUCUAUGUAUAGAUUAAUUUUGUAAGACUUGUACUAUAAACUUUUGUUAAAUAGAAAAUAUUUACAAAUUUGUUAGAAA